AUGUCGGACGAAGAAGUCUGGGAGCCCUUGACCAUGGUGGACUACACCAUGCUGGGGUUCGUGGGGACCGUCCAAGCCUUUGCCCUGGGCGUUUGCGUCCACCUGUUGAUCUGGCGGAAUUGGCCGCCGUACGUGACCAAGAAUGUGGACAUCGUCAUCGUCAUGACGUUCGCUGGAUUCGCGUGGACAAUCGCGGGCGCUCUGGAGAACGGUCUAAUCCGGAGGACCGAGGGCGACAUUCUUGCCAAGUGCCCCCUCGAGAGAUUCCUGGCGUGGUCGGCGCUUUGCACCCACAUGUUUGCGUUUUUCAUCCGGGUGUACCGCAUGUGGAGGAUUUUGGUCAAGCACGACGAAAACAUGUGGCCCGCAAAGUGA